AUGAGCUCUCCAAGCACUCCCUCAAAGCAUGGUAGCCAUGCUCAAUUGCGGCGCCCUUCUCUCCUCUCAAACGAGGAUAGCCACAACCCUCUGGGCACGCGCAGUGGCGCCCUCCAGUCCCUCAUCCGCAGUCGCUCUCACCAGAGCAUACAGAGCUUGAGCAGUUCUGUUCCCGCGCACCCUCCCUCUUUCUGGAUGGGACCUGAUGAUGAGGAGACUGGACUACUUCGCCACGACCAUGAUGAGCUUGGCAGGCUGCUCGCUGAUGAGCGUCGCCUCACCCAAUUGCUCCACGGCCCCCAGAACCGCAGUGCCAAACUCAUUGGUAGAAGCAACCCUCGAUAUCGGUGGGAGCAAUACUGGAAGCCUGAGGAGGAGCUGGCUGCUAUGUCCAAACCACUGCGCGAGUACUAUGAGAGAACAAAUGAGUUGAUUCAGCAAUAUCUGUACAUCGAUGCUCUCCUCGACUCCGCUAUCCCACACGAUCUCCUCAAUGAGUACCAAGCGGAGCUUGAAGCUUCUGCAUUCCGACCACUCGACGUCCCGGAUACCAUCAACGAGGAGCCCUCCACCACAUCCGACUCCCCCCCUCUCACCGGAUCAACUCCUGUAUCCGCAUCUAUCACUCCAGGCUCCUAUGGCACUGUCAGCGUCAAGGCUAGCAAUUCGACUACAAAACUCCCUGCUACUCGCACGCCUCAAGAUAUAUUCCGUUCCUCCGAGAACUUGCCACUUCUUCAGCGUCAGGAUCAUUCCGAAGACGAGGACGAGGAGCAACCUCCGCGACCUGUUACCCAAGAAGACGACAAUGGCCCCAAACCCUUGUUACCCUGGCUGGAGGAUGCUGAAAUUGACAGCGACGACCCAAUCGUGACAUUGGCAAUCUGGGUCAACUUUAUUGCCAAUGCCAUUUUACUCGCUGGAAAACUCGUUGUCAUUGUCUCAGUCCCUUCGAUGUCUGUCCUGGCCAGCUUGGUAGAUGCCGUGCUUGAUUUCCUCAGUACGGUCAUCGUAUGGAUUACUACGCGUCUCAUCUCGUCCAGUCAUCAAGACCAGUAUAGCUAUCCUGUUGGUCGCCGCAAGUAA